AUGGAAAACCCACUCGAAGAGCUUGCCUGCGUUGUUCUUUCGCUCACGGAACCCCCAACCAACGAAAUUUAUCGAAACAUCGACAAGUACUACACUGAAGAUGUAGCGAUCUUUUACCCGAUUUUUAAUCAGAUAUAUAAUCGCAACGGUCGCGAGAAUCUCAAAGCGGCAUACCAAUGGAGACAAACCUUUACCUUCAAUAGCCAAAUAAUAUUCAAUGCAGUCAUGGUCAACAAGGAUCAAACUCAAGCAACACUUGAUAUCACUCAGACAUUAAGGUUCCGAUUGUUGCCCGUGAAAGCAUUUGAUCCGCGUCUUAAUUACAUCAUUCGAUUGGGCUUGAGAAGAUGUCCAUGUGAUGGGAAAUACCGGAUCUAUCGUCAACAAGACAAUUUCCCAAGUGAUCUGACUAUGUCAGGUUUACCUUUACCACAGUUUGUCAGAAUCAUAAGCGAUGUCACCAAAGCUUUUGCCUGGUUGUUCGUUGUAUUUUUUGGUCACAUCUUCAUGAUGUUCGGAGUUUUUUAG